AUGGAGUGGACGAAGUUGGAACGCGCUUUCGCUGUUGAGGCAUCUUUUUCAAGCUGUCUCUCAAUCGUCGCAACGCAACGUGCAUUCCGUAGACAUUUCAAUAUUGCCCCCCGUGGUCGUGUUCCUGGCCGGCAAUCGAUUGUUUCAUGGACGCAACUGCAAGUAACUUCUUCUUCUUCCGUCCUGCAACUCUUCUCGCCAAGGUCCGAACUCUUCUCUCUGCCGUCUGAGGUGAUCUCUUCUCUCUGCCUUCCGGGGCUGAACUCAUUUGCUUGUUUGGCCUGCAACUUUUACUGCCUGUCUGGCCUGCAACUCUUCUGCCUAUCUGGCCUGCAAUUCUUCGGCCUGUCUGGCCUGCAGAACUUCUUCCUGUCUGGCCUGCCAUCCUUCUGCUUGUCUGGCCUGCAGCUCUUCUUCCUGUCUGGCCUGCAAUUCCGCUCCAACUUCUCUGCGGCUUUCGAGUAA